AUGGCUGCAGGGCCGCUGGGCUCUGAGGACCUGCUGAGUGCCUGGGACCGGCUGGUGUGGGGCCUGACUUGCCGGGCUCUGAGGACUUGCCAAGGCGGAAACGUGCGGGUCCUGCAACUGAUGCUGAAACCAUGGUGCAUCUCCAGGGCUGUCUACCAGAUGACGGAGGGCCGUCGAUGUCAAGUACAUCUUCUUGAUGACCGGAAGCUGGAACUCCUAGUUCAGCCCAAGCUUUUGGCCAAGGAGCUGCUUGACCUCGUGGCCUCUCACUUUAACCUGAAGGAGAAGGAAUACUUUGGAAUUGCCUUCACAGAUGAGACGGGACACUUGAACUGGCUUCAGCUAGAUCGAAGAGUCUUGGAACAUGACUUCCCCAAAAAGUCGGGACCAGUGGUUUUAUACUUUUGUGUCAGGUUCUAUAUUGAGAGCAUCUCAUACCUGAAGGACAAUGCCACCAUCGAGCUUUUCUUCCUGAAUGCCAAGUCCUGUAUCUACAAGGAGCUGAUUGAUGUUGACAGUGAAGUAGUGUUUGAAUUGGCCUCGUAUAUUUUACAGGAGGCAAAGGGAGAUUUUUCUAGCAAUGAAGUGGUGAGGACUGACCUGAAGAAGCUGCCAGCACUUCCCACACAGGCCCUGAAGGAGCACCCCUCCCUGGCUUACUGUGAGGACCGGGUCAUCGAGCACUACAAGAAACUCAACGGCCAGACCAGAGGCCAAGCCAUCGUCAACUACAUGAGCAUCGUAGAGUCUCUCCCAACCUAUGGGGUUCACUAUUAUGCAGUGAAGGACAAGCAGGGGAUACCGUGGUGGCUGGGCCUGAGCUACAAAGGGAUCUUCCAGUAUGACUACCAUGAUAAAGUCAAGCCCAGGAAGAUAUUCCAAUGGAGACAGUUGGAAAACCUGUAUUUCAGAGAGAAGAAGUUUUCUGUGGAAGUUCAUGACCCACGCAGGGCUUCGGUGACAAGGAGGACGUUUGGACACAGCGGCAUCGCGGUGCACACGUGGUACGCAUGUCCAGCACUGAUCAAGUCCAUUUGGGCUAUGGCCAUUAGCCAACACCAGUUCUAUCUGGACAGAAAGCAGAGUAAGUCCAAGAUCCAUGCCGCCCGCAGCCUGAGUGAAAUUGCCAUCGACCUGACAGAGACGGGGACGCUGAAGACAUCCAAGCUGGCCAACAUGGGCAGCAAAGGCAAGAUCAUCAGCGGCAGCAGCGGCAGCCUCCUGUCCUCAGGUUCUCAGGAAUCGGAUAGCUCUCAGUCGGCCAAGAAAGACAUGCUGGCGGCCUUGAAAUCCAGGCAGGAAGCUCUGGAGGAAACGCUGCGCCAGCGGCUGGAGGAGCUGAAGAAACUCUGCCUCCGAGAAGCAGAGCUGACGGGCAAACUGCCUGUAGAGUAUCCUCUGGAUCCAGGAGAGGAACCACCCAUUGUUCGAAGAAGAAUUGGGACAUCGUUCAAGCUGGAUGAGCAGAAAAUCUUGCCUAAAGGAGAGGAAGCCGAGUUGGAGCGCCUGGAGCGGGAAUUUGCCAUUCAGUCCCAGAUUACAGAGGCCGCCCGCCGCCUGGCCAGUGACCCCAAUGUCAGCAAAAAACUGAAGAAGCAGAGGAAAACCUCUUAUCUGAACGCACUGAAGAAGCUGCAGGAGAUCGAAAGCGCCAUCAACGAGAACCGUGUCAAAUCUGGGAAGAAACCCACCCAGAGGGCCUCGCUGAUCAUUGACGAUGGAAAUAUUGCCAGUGAAGACAGUUCCCUGUCAGAUGCCCUUGUUCUUGAAGAUGAAGACUCUCAGGUCACCAGCACACUGUCCCCCUUACAGUCCCCUCACAAGGGGCUCCCUCCUCGGCCACCAUCGCACAACCGGCCACCUCCCCCCCAGUCCCUGGAGGGACUCAGGCAGAUGCACUAUCACCGCAAUGACUAUGACAAGUCGCCCAUAAAGCCCAAAAUGUGGAGCGAGUCCUCGCUAGAUGAGCCUUACGAGAAGGUCAAGAAACGUUCCUCGCACAGUCACUCCAGCACCCACAAGCGCUUCCCCAGCACCGGGAGCUGUGCGGAAGCUGGAGGCGGGAGCAGCUCCCUGCAGACCAGCCCCAUCCGCAGCCUCCCACAUUGGAACUCGCAGUGCAGCAUGCCAUCCACACCCGACCUCCGCGUCCGGAGUCCCCACUAUGUGCAUUCCACGAGGUCGGUGGACCUCAGCCCCACGCGGCUGCACAGCCUGGCCCUGCACUUUCGGCACCGGAGCUCCAGCUUGGAGUCCCAGGGCAAGCUCCUGGGCUCGGAGAACGACACUGGGAGCCCCGACUUCUACACUCCACGGACUCGUAGCAGCAACGGCUCGGACCCCAUGGACGACUGUUCGUCGUGCACCAGCCACUCGAGCUCGGAGCACUACUACCCGGCGCAGAUGAACGCCAACUACUCCACGCUGGCCGAGGACUCGCCGUCCAAGGCGCGCGCGCGGCAGCGCCAGCGCCAGCGGGCGGCGGGCGCACUGGGCGCGGCGAACUCGGGGAGCAUGCCCAACCUAGCGGCGCGCGGCGGCGGCCACGGCGUCUACCUGCACAGCCAGAGCCAGCCGAGCUCGCAGUACCGCAUCAAGGAGUACCCGCUGUACGUGGAGGGCGGCGCCACACCGGUGGUGGUGCGCAGCCUGGAGAGCGACCAGGAAGGCCACUACAGCGUCAAGGCGCAGUUCAAGACCUCCAACUCCUACACGGCCGGGGGCCUCUUCCGGGAGAGCUGGCGCGGCGGCGAUGAGGGCGAUGCGGGCCGCCUGACGCCCUCGCGCUCGCAGAUCUUGCGGACUCCAUCCCUGGGCCGCGAGGGCGCCCCCGACAAGGGCGCCGGCCGCGCCGCCGUCUCGGACGAGCUGCGCCAGUGGUACCAGCGCUCGAGCGCCUCGCACAAGGAGCACAGCCGCCUGUCGCACACCAGCUCCACCUCCUCGGACAGCGGCUCCCAGUACAGCACCUCCUCCCAGAGCACCUUCGUGGCGCACAGCAGGGUCACCCGGAUGCCCCAGAUGUGCAAGGCCACGUCAGCUGCCUUACCUCAAAGCCAGAGAAGCUCAACACCGUCGAGUGAAAUCGGAGCGACGCCCCCCAGCAGCCCCCACCACAUCCUAACCUGGCAGACCGGGAGCUACGGUGACAGCUGUUUCCUGGACUCCUCCCUCUAUCCAGACCUAGCUGAUGUCCAGUGGUACGGGCAGGAAAAAGCCAAGCCCGGGACCCUUGUGUGAGCCCGCCGGCCUCCACCUGACCACCUCGCCGCCAUUCUGAGAUCACCUCACUGCCUCUCAUUUGCCUUACCCAGACACACUGUCUCCCUGCACCAGCUUCAGCCCUCAGCACUUUUUUUCUCCCGUCUCCGCAACCCCUCAUCCUCAAAAAACCUGACUGAGGAGACAUUCUGGAAGGUUCCGGUCCCACUGUGUGUCCCCUGGCUCUCUUGCCCAGAGAGCCAGGCACCAGUCCUCAAUGGCAUCUUGGUGCCCCCCCACCCCUCCGUGACAGCCCCCAGGCCAGGACCCGGCGGGGAAGCUGGUUGGCAUGGAUUCCUGUGGACCAGUAGCACUGGAGAGACCAGGGAAGGGACUUAGUACAGGGUGAUCCAGAAAGACUAGGGAAGCCGAGGCCCACCUGUAGGCCAUCCAAGCAUGUUGUGAAGAGGCUGCCUCAGGGGACUAUUCAGCUGAAAUAUUUCCUAGGAGAAGUGGCUGUUGGGGGAGGGGAAGAACGGAAACAGGAAGCUGAACACGUCAGAGAUGCAUCCAAGGAUCACAAUCAGUUCUAUGCUGCCAAAGAUUAAAAAAAAAACACACACACAAAAAUUAAGAGGGCCCAAGAGGAAGACAUUCCUUCUGCAAUGAAAUCUCUUAAAUCCUCAACUGCUACCACAUCCCACACGUGGAAGUCGACCAUCUGUGACGUGUCCCCCUCUGUAACCCUUCCCUGAACAUUCACCUCCCUCUCCACCGAGAGCCUGAAAACUCACCCAAUGUGAUGGGCAAGUUGGAGAGCCCCCAGCUAGCAUUGCUGACUUGGAUCUCCACGAGCUUGACCACGAAGAACAGCCCCGUGGGGAGCAACAGAGUCCACUCGGCCCCAGUCUACAUGGGGGCUCAGUCCAAGACACAGAGCUGCUUUCCUCUGGGGAUCUGUAGGAAGCAUAAGGUGAUGGUUGCCAAAAGUGGUUCUCUCUCAUUAAAACAACCAGUAAAAAUGUAUCCUAUUUUUUCGCACAAGGUGUUUCAUUUGAUUUUUUACGGGAAGCCAAGGGAAAAAAGCACAUUACAAUCCAUUAAAGUAUUUACCUGUCAUGGCCCAUUUUCUGUUUGUUGGCACUUGUGUGACAGAGCUCAGAUCCGACGUCUCUCCGCACCCGGUGACCAAUGUGUCACUUCUUCCAAGAACCCAACUAUGCCCUUAGAUAGGAAGAUUGUACUCACGUGUCUACUAGCUGGCAGGCAGAGCAGGGUUGAAAAAAUAUAUCAGCUCCCAGAGGGCCCGGAUGCCUGUGACACCAUCAGCUACCUUAAUGCAUCACGUUGGUCUGCAGAUACCAAAAAAGGAAGAGAGAAAACAGGUGUGUGGGAGCUGCCCGUUUACAUGUGUGUUGAGCUAUGCUCAAUACACAACUGGAAAGCCAUCUGUUUCUUCAAAGGCCUCGAAAUACUUUUCUAAUACUAACAAGUGCACACUCUG